AGUAGUUAAACAAUCCUUGCUGCGCACGAGUCAAAGAGGAAUACCAGCAAAAUCCGACAUCUUCAUAGACAAUGAACCAACAAAUCCAAUAAUAAAUGUCCGCAUAAAUGAACCACCAUUAUGCAUGCAUUUUAGUCUUUAAAAUUCUUAUUGGCAUUGUUCCAAUAAUGUAGUGUAGAAGACCAGGGAUGCAGCCUGAAAAAACUUGCGCGCAAUAACCCCUGCAUAACCAGCUGACAAACGUUAAUCGUUAGCUAGAUACUGGUUAGCGAACAAGCUAGGCUACCAUGAUGCAAUGAGUCCGUUGGGAGUUUAUGGUUUUAGUUUCCUUUAGUUCAAGCGUUAGUGUCCUUGUUUAGUUAGCUAGCUGGUUCAUAACCAAGCCAUACUUAAGCCAGCUAGGCACACCUUUGUCCACAUCUUAUCCCAGGGCCAGCGCUAUCCUUUCGUGUAUUCGAGGGGGAAAACAUUGGACAGGAUACUUCCCGGAUGAAAACUUAACAAGGCCUCUCCUAAUACAGUAGCACUAGCGUGCACGUGUGGAGUAGUUGAGCUCCCCACACUACUACCAGUGGCGCGUCUGUCAAACAAACAUUGCAGCAAUGUUUGGGUCCUCGAGAUCUGGAGGUGUAAGGGGAGGUCAAGAUCAGUUCAACUGGGACGAUGUGAAAGGCGAUAAACACAGGGAAAACUAUCUUGGGAACUCUCUAAUGGCACCUGUCGGUCGAUGGCAAAAGGGCAAAGACCUAACCUGGUAUGCCAAGGACAAGAAAGGUGGCGCACCUUUGUCCAGAGAAGAGGAGCUUGCUGCUGUAAAAGAAGCAGAGCAGGAGGCUCUUAUGGUAGCUCUAGGACACAAAAAUAUUAGGAGACAACCAACUGGGCUGACCAAAGAGGACUUGGCAGACGUGUGUCGGAGGGAAGAUGUAGAUGGUGAGGAGAGAGAUGUGGACCGUGUGUCAGGUCUUGGAAGCUCCAGUGUAGGAUCACGGAAACUGAUGAUGUCCCAACAGGAGAAGGAGGCUGCCAAGAUCGGCUUGUCCGUCUUCACUCACCAUAAAUCUGAAGUAAAUCCGGAAAGUUCCAUCAAAAAGGCAUCCGAGAAUACUGAAAAACAGGAUGUAGAUAUAAGCCAUGAGAAGAAAAAGAAGAAAAAGGAGAAAAAGAGCAAAAAGGAGAAAAGUAAGAAGGAAAAGAAGAAGAAAAGAGAGCGACAAGACUCUUUGUCAUCCUCAGAAUCCGACUUCGACAGUAAAAGACGCAGAAAGGACCACCAUCAUCAUAAUCCAUCAUGCCGCAGUCAGAGCGGAGCCAGACCCAAUGACAGCCAUUCAAGGGGGGGGGCAAAGGCCGAGCACUACCUCCCUUCCCCCCAACGACGCCAUCAGCGGCAUGACACAGACUCCUCCGACGGGGGGUCCCCUGUCCCCCGUAACCGUGCCAGCCACAAGGCGGCCCCUGCUGCUCCCACACAAAGCCACAGGCGGCGCCACGACACAGAUUCAGACAACUAAUGUCCACCCUCACCCCCCCCCAAUCAGGCACACGCGGAGGGAGCGCUCCACAGCACAGGAGCCUGGUCUGCAUGCCCAGCCUGGACCCACUGCACUGGGCCUGGAAACCAGUCAGUUUGCUCUGUCAAACACGUGUCUUUUGAACAUUCCUGUAACAGAUUCAUAUUUGGAACUAACAGGCCGUUGUUUAUUUGAGUCUCUUUAUUACUGUGUAGUUUUUAUGUAAUGUUUUGUCAUAUGCAGGUGGUAAAACCGAAUGCAUAAUUUCUUGGCGUGUUUUAAUAGAUUUCUGUGUUGCUCAGUUGUCUGAAUCCAAUCUCCGAUGUUGGUCAUACCACAUGACCAAGGAGGGAGAUAAUGUACGGUUUCUCAAUAAAAAAAAAUGCAUUUAAAAA